AGUUGAUCGGCUGGAGGCCCAUUGUGUAAUAUCUUUUAUAGCUAAAAUUACCUGAAGAACAAAAAGAGAAAAAAGCAUCAAAUGCAUUUACAGGAGAGUAAUAGAAAUGACGAAAAUGUCGCCGUUUCACAUAGGAUCCACAAAGCUCAAGCUAAAGGCAUACGACUACACCAAGUCCAAGCGCAUCCACAGCGAUUAUACAUUGAUGAUAGUCCCAAUUAUAUAGAGCGAUUGCAGCCACCGCCCCCAUCGAAGCCGCCGCCUACGUUAGAGCCAGCGUUAUUUUUUCAGAAUCUUCGCACCGGUGGCCCUGCAGUUGCUGACUCAUCGGGAGACCCGAAAUUUCCGCACGCAAAUGCAUUGCAGCGAUCUGCCACAUUGCCAGCGAAACACAAUCGUUUAGGUGUACGAAGUCGCGUCACCUUCAAGAUACCACAGACCCCUGCAGUCCCUCUUGCAACACCUCACUUAGACAGCAGCAACAACGCCGCAUUGCCGAAGGAAACAAGCAAAAUGACGUCUGAGGAUCUUUUACAGCCAGGACAUGUGGUUAAGGAGCGUUGGAAGGUUGUACGCAAAAUUGGUGGCGGCGGUUUCGGUGAGAUUUAUGAGGGCCAAGAUUUGAUUACCCGUGAGCAAGUGGCGCUUAAGGUGGAGUCCGCCCGACAACCCAAGCAGGUACUCAAAAUGGAGGUGGCCGUGCUGAAGAAGCUGCAAGGCAAGGAACACGUCUGUCGCUUCAUCGGGUGUGGACGAAAUGACCGAUUCAACUAUGUGGUCAUGCAGCUUCAGGGUAAAAACUUAGCUGAACUGAGACGAGCCCAGCCAAGGGGCGCAUUUUCCCUCAGUACAACCCUCAGGCUUGGCUUGCAAAUCCUCAAAGCCAUUGAGUCCAUACAUUCGGUUGGCUUCCUACAUCGCGACAUCAAACCGAGCAACUUUUCUGUGGGACGUUUGCCCUACAAUUGUCGACGAGUAUAUAUGCUCGACUUUGGUCUGGCUCGGCAAUAUACGACGGGCACCGGAGAAGUUCGCUGUCCCCGAGCAGCAGCUGGAUUUCGAGGAACUGUGCGAUAUGCCUCCAUAAACGCGCAUCGCAAUCGAGAAAUGGGUCGGCAUGAUGAUCUAUGGUCAUUAUUCUAUAUGCUCGUCGAAUUUGUUAAUGGUCAAUUGCCAUGGAGGAAGAUCAAAGACAAGGAACAAGUCGGACUGACCAAAGAGAAAUAUGACCAUAGAAUAUUAUUAAAGCAUCUGCCGUCCGACCUGAAGCAAUUCCUGGAGCACAUACAAUCCCUUACGUACGCCGAUCGGCCGGACUAUGCGAUGUUGAUUGGUCUAUUCGAGCGGUGUAUGAAGCGACGUGGCGUUAAGGAAGCUGAUCCGUACGACUGGGAGAAAGUGGAUACAGCCGCAGUUGGUAACAUAAACGCUUCGACAAAUGCCACUUUGACUCCGGCUAAGAACGAGUAUAUGCACGGAAAUGUAACACAAAUGACGGUGGCUGCUUCUAAUGCCAGCGGCGCAGAUUAUGUGCGCAAGAGAAACGAUAUAGACACUGCGCAGAUGGCCUCAACGGAGCCCCUGCAUAUAAAGGAAAAGGUUGAUAAGAAUUGCAAUGCCACAAUGACACCUCAAGCCUCGGCGGAUUGCGUUGUGCAAAACGUUAAUUUAGGAAAUCCAAACAAUUUACUAAAGCAUCAGCAACAACAGCAGCAGCAACAACAACAGCAGCAACAACAACAGCAGCAACAGCAACAACAACUUGUGCUGGUGUCGAACACAUCGAUAGCUCCACCUAAUCUUCCUAGUGCACUGAUCAAAACCUCUACUGUGAGUAUCGUGAACAAUGAGGUGCAGUUGAAGCCUUCGCACGGGAAACGUCAGCCUCAGAGCGUCUCCGGCUCAUAUGCCACGACCAACCAAAACAAUUCUGCGCCAGUUUAUUAUCCGGAGAGUAAAACUAUGGCAGCUCAAGCGCUGUCGAAUAUUGUGAAAACAAUUGACGGCAAAGUUAACAUGGAUGCCGCUGAUAAAAGUAGCCGUUUCAUCAGUGCGGAGGGCGGCAAUAGCAGAUCUCUAGGGGGAGAGCAUAACCAGCAGCCGCAGCAGCAGCCGAAGCAAUCGAGCAAGAUCACAAAAGUGGAAAGUCUUGAGAGCUCGAGUAAUAAUCAACCAGCAGCUGACAAGAGCAGCGAGAGUAAACGGUGCUGGCACUCGAACAGCGCCAAUCUAGUCGAGCAGAAAUCAACUUACGGUCGCCUUCGGGUGCUGGCUGCUCCGGCAGCCGCGCUGAAUGAUCAGGAGAACCUGAAUCAGAAUCAAGAAUCGAAUGCCAGUUUGAGUCAUAACAAGAGUCUCAUAUGCCAGCGCGAGCAGAUCUUUGGCAUAUCGCCAACAAACCGUCGCUCGGCCACCUCGACCAAUCUACGUCUAUCAUCGUCUAUAGGUUUGCCCUCGUCCAACCAGCGUGCAGCGGCCAUCGGCAUUAUCUCAGCGAAAAGUAAUGCAUUGGCAGCGGCAAUAGGCUCGGGAACGGGAAUAGGAACUGGAACAACAACAGCGGCUGGCGAUCAUUCGGUAACACAAUUUGCUUUAAUCGACGAUGAGAAUGUCUCGGCACUACAACAGGUAACCAAAGGUGGCGGAGCUCUAACCCUCGCCUCCCAAUGGAAGAGCCAAUUCGACGACUCAGAAGAUACAACCGACAACGAAUGGAAACAGGAGCCGCCGUCACAACCAAAUUUGGAUCAAUUUGCUAAAGCGGACGUAUCUUUGCCGUUAAUACGCAGAAACACGAACUUAGUCGUAACCUGUAAUGGCGAUCCAAAAGCAAACCCAUCUGACAAUGAAAACGUUAAGAGAUACACACUUAACAUAGCUGGAAUUGAGAACUAUGAGACUUUGCAAAUGUCGAUACCGCACUGCUGGUCAGAGCCUGCAAUGGGUAAUGUAUUACGAAAAGAUCUAGAGCCACCUGCUGUGCAACAAGCGGCCUUCGAUGACACUGUUUAUCGCAUGGAUAUAACUAGAAAUGUUUGCGUACGUGAAUCUCAAUCGGAAAUUUCACCGAAGGCAAACAACUUUCCUACGAUUAUUGCAACGUACAAGGAGGCUGCCAAUUUGAUUGAUAUACAAUCAAGGAACUCGAACGAGAGUCAAUCACUGUGCAAGCACCGCAAUAGCCUGCCCAAUGUAUGCCUCAUAGACAUGUUUGAUGAGAAACCGAACUCGAAUACAAAUGCGCCUGUUGAGCUACAGGAAUCCACAGUCGCACCUGUCGCUGCAGUGCCUUGGUGUGUCAAGACAACGUUUUGCCAGAGAAGCAACCUGGCUUCAGACCCAAUAUCAUCCGACAUGCACGGCUAUCAGCAUGGAAAUCGAGCUGCAAACUUCGUGGAUGCUGCGACCCAGAGCAACGGAGGCUGUGUUAGUGGGCGUCUUGAAAUUCGCGUCAUUCCGAAAGAUAUGAAUGAAACAAAAAACUCGCACUUGGAGGAGUCUGUCUACUACGAUGCCUUAGCUAGCACUACGAAAAAUUUCAAAUCUGUGAAGCAGGAGGCAACUGGUGAUCUGCGCGAUAAGCUUUUGGAUGAUAAGAUUUCAGUUAACUGUGAUCGAAUCGAAGUUGCUCAGGACUCGAAUGCUGAUAGCAACAAAGUCAAAUUGAAUGGCAAUGGGUCAGCAACGGAGAGCGUGAGGGGUCCAUCGACAGCUACAGCUCAUCAGAUUCAAACGGAUCCACAAUCCAAAUCACAAAUUGAGAAUCCUAGCUCACACAUGGCUGAUGAUGAGUGUGAUGGUUGUGAAUUGGCUUUGUUGAGUACGCCCAGCAAGAUUCCUGUGCUCACUUCCAAUUUGCGACAAGCGAAGUGUGCCUCUUGGGCUGGUGUUGCAACCACAACAGGAACAACAACACCGACAGCAACAGCAACAGCAACAGCAACAGCAGCAGCAGCAUCCCAGACUCACACACAACAUGAUUAUUCAGAAAAAUCCAAUACUGUAGAUCUUGUUAAUAGCCCCACCCGAAUUCAACUUUAUUCGAGUGUUUUACAGAACUCUCCAAAUAUUAUGGACCUGACACCAGGUUUGCGUCGCCGUCGUGAGUCAACUGAGGGAAAGUACGUGACUGAUCCCACGCAAUUGAAUUUAAGAUUUCAGCGCCCACAAGCUCGCAUAUCUAAUAGGUCGCGUGAGGUUUCAGCAACAGCAACAACAAUAUUAACCACUUUCGAUGAUCAGUCGCCGGCAGUGGAUACGAUUAGUAUCGAUGAUGGUGUGAGGGAGUUUUGCAAAGAUAAUACAACGUAUAAGACGACGGCCAACUCACUAAUCGAUGACACUAAUAAGGCGGCAAGAAAUCAAAAUAUUGUUGGAUCAACACCGUCAUCCCCCCCGACAACACCAAGGAAUGAUAUUUCGCCCCCACCUGGCGAUCCAAAAAUAGAAAAUAGUGCACGCCUUCGUCGCUAUCGGCAUAAUAUAGAAUAAUUCAAAAAGCUUCUUCAGUAAUGAAAGCAAUAAUAGAAUCCGAUGCAUGGGCACUCUCGGCUUGAGCAUUCUUGUUUGUUUGGCUUGCUACAUAUUAUUGGUAAGACCCUUUCCUUUAGGUGCUCUAGCUUGACCUGUAUAUUGGGUAUAUAAGGCGUCUAUACCAACAAUGAAAUAAAAAUAAUAUCUAAGAAACAUCACAUUCCAAAUUGAAAAGAGUUCUGGGAUUUGACAAUAUAUGAUUUUCUCGUCUGAAA